GCAAACUGCGGUCGCCCCAAUAAAUAUUAAUUUAGAUCAAGAAACGCGAGAAAAGCAUAACAAACGCCAAACAGCUAACUAAAAUUAGUACAAAUACUAUAGUCAACAUAAUUAUUUAGAAUAUAUCUGAAAGAUAUAUAUUUCGAAAUAAACAAAAAAAAAACAGAAAUCAUGUUCAACAGUAGCCCCAUCGUUUUGGCCAGCUCUUUGCUGUUGCUAAUCGCCCUGCCAGUAAUCCGCGCCGAUCUCAUGUGCUAUGUGUGCGAUGAUUGUGCCCAGCUGCCGAAGGAUGCCCCCCUGCUGGCAUGUAAUGAGGAUUUCUUUAAUCCUGGCGGCAGCACAGAAGCCUCUACGGUGACCACUACCUCCACCACCGAAGCGAGCACCACGACAACGCAGGAAACCACGGCGGCUCCAGUAGAAACAACCACGGCGAUCACAAGUGCUGAAACGGAUCCUCCAACAACAGAGUCCACGACGACUACAGUGGAAACUACCACCACCGAACAGACCACUGAGACCACCCAGAGCACUCAGACCACUGAGACACCGAUUCCAACGCCACCCACCGCCGGACCCGUGCAGACAACCACUGGAGUGCCCACACCACCCGCUGAGGAUCUGGCUGCUCUGUCGGUGGCCUUGAACACCACCCGUUUGGUGCCGGUGGAUGCUGGAGAGGAGACUACGACUCCUUCACUGGCCAUCAGGCAGCGGCGAGCAGUGAUCAACACCGAGUUCACCUAUCACUGCUACUCCGUCCAGGUUACAGUGAACGGCUCAAUGACGACAGAUCGUGGAUGCUCGCGGGUGAGCACCUUCGAGGGAGUUUGCGAGCAGUUGAAGAUUCAGAACAACAGCACAGAGCUGGCCAAUUGCAAUCCCUGCAGUAUGAAUGCCUGCAAUGGAAGCUCAGCACUGCAGAACUCCGUUCUGGCCUCCCUGCUCUUGGCCUUGGUGGCCUUUGCCCUUCAGCGCAACUGAGAACCAGAUCAUCAUCCAUCACCCGGUGCUUUAAUUUAGUAUUCCUCGUUUCUUUAAGGCGAAC